AUGUUGGGGACCAAGAAGCCCCGCAUCCGCUCGGAUGCGGAUGCGGAAGGAAACUUGGCGGUCCUGGCCGUGCGCAUCUCCGAAGGCAAAUACGACCGUGCAGCCCUGGAGAAGCAGGCCGAGCACUACAAUGGCGUUUUGGUUUUGGCACUUGCUGGAUUGCUUUGCGCCAUCCAAGAGCAGAGGACCCGUGCCUGCGACGUCCUGGAGUCCCUCAAGCGUGUGAAGGCGCGCUUUGACGUUGGCAGCGUGCCAGCGUCGACCACCUGGUGGCAAAGCCAACAGGAGGAGGCGACGCUGGGCCGAUCACAGGAGAUGGAGAGCUCGGAAGUCGAGGGGCUGCCUGCGUCCAGUGCUUCUGAUAGCUGGAAAGGCGCCACCUUGGCACAGCUGGAGGGUCUUCUGUCGCAAGUGUCCGGACGGUGGAUGCAGCCCGAAGAGGCUGUGACGCUGGGUGCCACGCAGUUGGGCCAGGCACCGACUCCCGGCGCAUCGCCCAGCGGCAGCCCUGCAUCAGAUGCCACGGCGGCCCACGCGGCAAACACAUCGCCAGGGGCAUCUCGCCCAGAAGCCUCGAGGACGGCCUUCGUUUCGCCGGAGGCGAAGCCACGCGUGUGGGGCUCGGAGCCCGGAACCGAAUACCUUGGGGAGGGGGAAAGUCUCCGGCGAUCGCAGCACACCACUCCUAGCUCAGUGUGGUCGCCGUGCCGCACUGCCUGGGGCGAGGCACCGACCUUUGGUUCCCCCACCGUGGAGCUCCAGCCGGAGACGCCUGAGGGGGCGAGGCCUGGCUCCUCGUUGCGCCGCACUGGGACGCGGAUCUUCUGCCGGCCCGUGCGGAGUGAAGUGAGGGUGGAUGAGACGCGCCGUGGCCGUGGGCGAACGUGGCAUUGCUCAGAGAUCUCCGAAGAUGAGGUGAUCUUUUGCUUCGCCCCCACCGAGGCCUCUGAAGACGGGCCCUUAGCCAGCUGGAGCCGUUGUCACGGACGAUUUGGGUUUUCAAUUUGUUUGCAUCGACGCUUCUUUGAUUCAAAACAUGUCACAACCGUUUUCCUACAUAUGCAGAUGUUUUUUCACGAGGGUCUCAUUAAAACAUAUCAAAAAACGCCCAGUUGGUGUUUGCGUGUGCUAUAUUUUGCUUCAUAUGUUAGGGGAAGUUCUGGUGAUUCUGUUUCAGCCUACGGGUGCCUGUGA